AAUUUAUUGUGUACACAUUUUUAGCUGAAUCCACGGUGGUGGGUUCCCAAAAUUCGGCCCGGUAUACAUUUUUUUUGUAGCGUAGUGUUUUAGCAAGUCGUUGUUAACUUUCAAUAUAUAUCGUCAUUGUUUUUCGCGUGAAUGAAAAACACAAAACACGAGCGUAUCUCUUCUUUGACUAUUCCAAUGAAAUUCUAACGCAACAGAACAGCAGAGCAAUUGUGGAGGCACACUUAACAUUUCAAAUAUCGGACGCAUUCAAUUCAGUUGAAGUUUUAAAAGGUAUCGGUAAAGGCUGGACAUCAACAUAUAACGCGAAAUAAAAGUGAAAAUAAAAUACAAAAGUAAUGGGUGGUUCUCCAAAUGGUGUGACAGUUGAUAAUGCCAAAUCCACAAAUGGCUCAAAACCCUCGGAGAGUGGAUCGAAUAGAUCAAAUGCUGCGAAUGAUGCUGCCAAGGCUUUUAUUAAGAAAAACAAUAAUGGGGCCGUUGUCAUAAGAAAUCCUGACACAGUGACACCUAAGAAAUUUGAUGUUCAAGGGGAAAGUCUUGAUCCACAUUGUGAUCCUUUGAAUCCUAAGACAAUAUCGUUUCGUGAUAUAACUUCGGCAGCAUUUUUAAUUAAGGAUGGCGUUGAGAGGACACCAUGUCCGCGCUCAACUACCUCAGAUAGCUAUGGCAUGGAUUUAUAUUUGAAAAAGGAUUUCCUACAGUACACAGGAAGUUUCAAGGAACGUGGAGCUCGUUAUGCUUUGCUAUGCCUCACCGAGGAACAAAAGAAAAUCGGUGUUAUAUCCGCAUCCUUAGGAAAUCAUGCUCAGGCUCUCAGUUACCAUGGUUGGAAAUUAAAUAUCCCUGUUACAGUGGUAAUGCCCAAAGCUGCUCCCAUUAUGAAAAUUCAAAAGUGUCGCAACUACAAAGCCAAUGUUAUAGUCGAAGGUAAAGAUAUGGCCGAAGCCAAGGCAUUGGCCAUGAAAAUGUCCGAAGAGAAUAAAUUAUUGUAUGUCAAUGGUUAUGAUCAUCCACACAUAAUGGCUGGUCAGGGUACUUUGGGUUUGGAAAUUCUCGAACAGGUACCCAAUCCAGAUGCUGUCAUAAUUCCUGUGGGAGGAGGUGGCCUUAUUGCGGGUAUAGCAACCGCCAUUAAGGCUUUGUCGCCAAAAACUAAAAUUAUUGGUGUCGAAUCGGCCAAAUGCCCCAGCUUUUCCAAUGCCAUGGAGAAUAAUGCUCCCAUCUAUACACCCAUCAAAAAUACUUUGGCUGAUGGCUUGGCUGUGCCCAAAGUGGGCUAUAAUGCCUAUGUCACCGCCUUGCCAUUGAUUGACAAAAUGGUGGUGGUCAAAGAGGAAUGGAUUGCCUUGGCCAUUUUGCGUUUGGUCGAAGAGGAAAAGUGUGUGGUCGAAGGUGCUGGCGCCUCGGGCUUGGCUGCAAUUUUGGCUGGCCAAUUGCCAGAGCUGAAGGGAAAGAAAGUGGUGGUCUUGUUGUGUGGUGGCAAUAUUGAUACCACCGUCUUUGGUCGUUGCCUGGAGCGUGGCCUGGCUGCUGAGGGCCGUUUGGUGAAAUUCAAUGUUGAAUUGACUGAUCGCCCAGGGGGCCUAAAUGAAUUGUGUGAAAUUCUUGGUGUUUUGGGUGUAUCUAUUAAGGAUAUAAUGCAUGAGAGAGCCUGGCUUAAGGAUAUCUAUACAGUGGAGGUCAAAGUAGUUUGCGAAACUAGAGAUUGGACCCACAGCAUGGAACUAAUGAAUGAAUUGAAGAAACAUUAUCAAAAGGUUCAAUUUUCCGAUGAACCUCUGGCCAUUAAUGAUUCACUAGCAGUGUUGGGCAAAAAGUAAAACAUUGACAAAAAUUAUAAAUGAAAAAUUUUAUUAAAAAAAAAUAACAUAGAUAAUAAAUUAUUUUUUAAGUUCCGUCCAUAAA